AUGGGUGAUUCCGGGGCUAAUGCUCCACAUAUACUCUCCACUCCAGUCGGCAACAGUCCGCCACAGCCCUCGGCCUCGCCUAAUGAGAUAUCCGUCCUAAUAACAGGCUUUGGGCCCUUCAAGACCAACCUUGUGAAUGCGUCAUAUCUGAUCGCUUCCUCCCUUCCAUCAUCUUUCCUUUUCCCAUCACCUAAAGGCCACGACUCGGACCCACGUCGCGUUUCACUCCAUGUGCAUCCCACUCCGAUCCAAGUGGCAUACGCCACUGUUCGAGAGGCUCUUCCGUUGAUGCUGGAGGAGUUUGCGGCCUCUCACGGUGGCCGCAGACCCGAUCUCAUUAUUCAUAUCGGCAUUGCAGCUCCACGGCAAUAUUACUCCGUUGAAAGUUUAGCUCAUCGAGAUGACUAUAAAAUCACCGAUGUCAAUGGUCUCCCCGGUUAUGUAGACGGCGAGAAGCGAUGGAAAGAGCUGGGUCUGCCACCGAUACUCACACCAGGGCGCGCUGCAGAUGAUCCCUCCUCUUCUUCGCCCUACCAACCCGACAACCAGUUCCUGGAGACGUGGCGUUCGUUUGCUCCCGAGUCGGAUCUCCGGAUCUCUCAAGAUGCGGGCCACUACCUGUGUGACUUCAUUUUCUACACCAGCAUGUCUUUGGCCCAAUUACAGGGCCAGGACCGCAAUGUUCUGUUCCUCCAUGUCCCUGGGGCAUCUGACGAUGCGAAUAUCGAGCAAGGUCAGAUCGUCACACUUGCCCUAAUUAAGGCAAUGGUCGCGUGUUGGCUUGAUAAAAAGCAUCCGGCAUAA